ACCAUGAUUGUAAUAGCCAAGAGACAUCUUUGUGAAAAGAUUUUUAAUAUAUUUUCCUUUGUUCUUGUGUUUAUCCUUAGCAUUGUAGGGGUGAAAACUGAAAGAUGACAGUAAUAAGAGCAAAGAGUUUUAAAGGAAGAGAGUCAGAAACCAUCACGACGAAGAAGAAUUCGAUAAAUGUAACAAAUUGUGAGCCCCUGAAACUGAUGUUACAGACCACACUAUCAUUCAAGAAUCUGGUUGAAUAUUCAAUUGUCUCUCUUCCUGAACCUGCUAUCAUGUUUUCACCACGACCUGUCUGCGAACUGGAUGCUGCAGCCGUCAAGCUUCAAAAAGUAUAUAAGAGUUACAGGACUAGAAGAAAUCUAGCUGAUUGUGCUGUGGUCGUCGAAGAAUUAUGGUGGAAGGCAUUAGAUUUUGCUGCUCUGAAGAGAAGUUCUGUUUCAUUUUUCAAUGUUGAAAAGCCAGAAACCGCUGUUUCUCGAUGGGCUAGAGCACGUACAAGAGCUGCCAAGGUUGGAAAGGGAUUGUCCAAAGAUGACAAGGCUCAAAAAUUGGCUCUGCAGCAUUGGUUAGAAGCUAUCGAUCCACGACAUCGAUAUGGCCACAACUUGCACUUCUAUUAUGAUUUGUGGUUUUUGAGCGAAAGUUCUCAGCCUUUCUUCUACUGGUUGGACGUUGGAGAUGGGAAAGAAAUAAAUCUCGAGAAAUGUCCAAGGACAAAAUUGCACCAUCAAUGCAUCAAAUAUCUUGGACCAAAGGAGCGCGAAUCAUAUGAAGUAGUUAUUGACAACGGGAAGCUUGUAUAUAAACAAAGUGGUGGAUUCGUUCAGUCAGUAGAGGGUUCAAAGUCGAUCUUUGUUCUUAGCACAACAAGAACAUUGUAUGUAGGACAGAAGCAAAAAGGGACAUUUCAACAUUCAAGUUUUCUAUCAGGUGGUGCCAUCACAGCAGCUGGAAGACUAGUUGUUCAUGCUGGAAUUCUGGAGGCUAUUUGGCCAUACAGUGGUCACUAUCACCCAACUGAAGAGAACUUCAGGGAGUUCAUUAGCUUUCUUGAAGAGCACAAAGUUGAUCUUACAAAUGUUAAGAGAUGUGCAGUUGAUGAUGACAAUCACUUAGAGGCCUCAAACAGACAACCAUCUGUGGAUCUUUCCAUUGCUAAAGAAUCUGAAGAAAGAAGCACAUCGAAAUCCAAGAAACCAGAGGACAUUAUCAUCAAUAAGAAAGCACAAACAUUUAGCUUCUCCAAACAUUUGUCUAGCAAAUGGACAAGUGGAACUGGACCUCGCAUUGGCUGUGUUAGGGAUUACCCUACAGAAUUACAAUUCCGAGCACUUGAACAAGUUAAUUUGUCGCCUCGGGUGGCCAAUGGAGGCUUCAACUUCUCUGGUCCAAUCCCCUCACCUAGGCCAAGUCCAAACAUUAGGCUAUCUCCUAGGAUUGCACAUAUGGGACUACCGAGUCCCCGGACACCUAUUUCUGCGCCUAACUAAGCAACACUCCAAACAAAUGAAGCGACUGAUCCCGGCCCCUCGACUCCACACAGCAAAUGUUAAUUCAUAUUUGUAUUCUACAGAUAGUGUCCCAUCCAAUUGCAUCUAGAUUUGCCAACAAGAAAAGACAUGAUCUUUAUUCCUUUGUAUAGAGUUUUUUUUCCUUGAACUUAAUAUAAUCUGAAAAUAGAAAAUUUAUAUAUAAGAAAGGUAACAAUUACCAAAUAACUUUUUAUUGGAUACA